AAAAUUCAUAUCAUAAAUUCGUAUUAUUCUCGAAAGGGGACUCGUGACUCACAGCCACAGGUGCAGUAGUAUAUUGAAUUUUAUGUGGUUUAUACAUAGUUUAUACCUACCCCCUAUUAGUACAAUGAAUACUAAGAAGCGAGUAAGCGAAUAAGCGAAUAAGCUAUAUCUGGGCUAUAGCAUCUUGUCAGCAGCAGUCAGCGAAGAUGCUGUGUGGGGCCAGAUGUCUGAAUAUGAAUUGGCAAGUGUUAGCAGAGCCUCGACUAAGCCUAUAUCCUACUUAUCCUCUAACCUAUCCUAUCUCGCGAUGCUACGGGCUGUUAGUGUGUAGUAUACAUAUGAGAAUCUCCGCUAAAUUAAGGCUCGUCUGACUCAUCAUCGACUCACAACGAACGAGUAAAAUAAUAAUUCUCGCAAGAAAAAAAAAACAAGAAAACAUUCUUUUGGUUUUGAGAUCCUUGGAACCAUAUAUCGACCCAACAUGGAGACUCGUCACAUAAUUCCUGCUACCAUCGCACAGCAGCAACCACUCAUAUCUAUAAGACCUAUCUCAGCAAAAGACACUUACGCCUUACGACAGGCAGUGCUUUGGCCCAACAAGCCGUUGUCUUACGUGCAGCUACCCGACGACAUCUUCGGUCAGCAUUUCGGAGCAUUCGUCUCCAAUAGCAACAACAGCGACGCCAACAAGAAUGGCGAAGACUGCUGCUGCAACAGCCGCGACAGUAAACAAAAUCCCGAAGAACUAUUAGUGAGCGUCGUCUCGCUGUUCGAUGAUGGUAGUGGCGCGGCACGGUUUCGCAAAUUCGCCACCGCGCAGCUGUGGCAGGGCAAAGGCGUGGGGUCCGCCCUGUUGAGCUACACCAUCGAGGCGGCCGCUAGAAAAGGUGCCACGAGUAUCUGGUGCGACGCUCGACAGAGCGCCCUUCGUAUGUCGAGGGCUCUACCCUAAAAACCCUCAUCUUCGGCUCCGGUCUGGCUUGCGUUUGGGUCGGCGCAGGGGUGCCAUUAAAAGAAGAGGAGAAGUGGAAGCUCUAUUGCCUCUUGGCGCAGAAGUGGAAUUAGAUGCUGCUUUGUAGGUCCGCGGUUCCAAGGUUCACCAGACCUAUGGAUAGCCAAUAAAUCCGGCUUGUAAUGUCACUACGCGUCUAUGAUUGGGAAGGAGGAUGCCGCCGCGGACAGCGCCGUCCGUACUGUGGUUGAAAAUGGUAUUAUUCCCCGCGUUUUUCAUCGGGGCACGGGCGCUAUGCGGUAUGCGCUUAGGGAUGGAGACCUGUGGAUAGACCUGUGGAUGAAGAUAAUCCUAGUAAGGCGUUCGGGUUUCCAAAAGGAAGUGCUUGAUCUCAAGCCUUGAACUAUUAAUGACGUAUUUGUUCUUGGCCAUUCGAUUCUAGGCGCCCGCUUCAUUGACAGGCAGACAGGCAGGCAGGCAAGGAUAGCAGCAUUAAUCAUUGAUUCUAGUUAUACAUACGAUAUACAGCACAC